GGCACCACAUGGACACGUCCCCAAAGACUGCACAUAUCUGAAAGAAAAUCAAAACACCACCCAUUUUGGAACAAGAUGUUUCUGCUACAGUUCUGGCACAGUGAUCAAAUGGAAAGACAUCUGGUCCACCUUUCAGGUGCGUGUGACAGGUGAAGAAGGGGUCUACAUCGUGUACCCCAUGGAGGGGACCAGGAACUGCUACGAGCCAGACCACGUCCUCACGCUGUCCUGGUGCCUGGUCGACCACUAUUGGCCUCCCAGCCCCAGUGUGGCCAGGGAGAAGAGCCUGGACAUCCCACUGGAGCAGGAGGAUGUGUGCUUCAUGGUGAAGACCCCGAGGGCCAACUCUGAGCACUCUCUACAUGUCAGGGGCAAACGGCUAAAUAAAAUACGAUUUGGACUCUUUGCAUGUGGCCUCGCCCUCUUCUACUUUGCUGGGGCUUUGUGUAGGAGUUCUUUGUUUUUUUAUUCCUUAGGAAUCUCAAUGGGAGUCCUCUCCAUUGUUGUCUUUCUGCUGUUGAUCCUGAAAAACGUUAUACCGAGGGGCCUGUUCAUCACGCUGUUUGGUGCUGGCUCCGGCCUGUCCUACCUGGGAUACCAGAAGUUGUUCAGCCACUGGGAAGAAAUCACGACGCUCUACUGGAGACAUGCCUUGGGCUACCUGGUGGUAACAGGCCUGAUCAGCUGGGCGGUCUGCUACAAGCACGGGCCCAUCAGCAGCGAGCGCACCCUGUCCCUACUGACCUGGGGGCUCCAGUGCGUGGCCAUGGGCCUCAUGUACUACGGGGUGACCUACCCCCAGGCUUCCUACCUAUUCCUGGGCAUCCUGCUGGUGCUCAAGGCUCUGCCCUACACUUACAGACUGCUGCUGGGGACAUGCAGGCUAACAGGGCGUCUCCUGGCCUCUCUCCUGGGUGUGUUUAGGUGUAGCAGGAAGCCCAAGGUGCGCCUCCUCUCAGAUGAGGAGUACAGGGAGCAGGGGGAGGUACACACCAAGGCCUCCCUUGAGGAGCUCAGGGAGCUCUGCACUACGCCUGGCUUCCCUGCCUGGGAAACGGUCCUUCGACUACGCUCCCCACAACGGUUUGCAGCCUUCCUGAAGGGCGGCGGCGGCCACGUGACCCCGGGGGAGCAGCAGAGUCACGGGCAGCAGUACGGCCCGGGAGGAGCCAACUAUGAGGACAUGCUCUUCCCCGCCGCCUACCACAGGCUGCUGGGGCUGGGCGCCGACGAAGACCUCAGCGAAGAUGAGAUGGACAGCUCCGCCAGGGCUCCGCCUACACCUAGCCCCCUCCCCCUCUACACCCCGACCACUCCCACCACCAUGCCCCGUCCGGACAGCUGCACCCCAUGGCAGCCCCCCCCCUACAGCGCCCCUUUCUACCCUCCCUAUCCUCCCGCCGCUGCCGCCUUCAUCCCGCCUUCAGAGCCCCACGUCAUCGAGGACGUUGAGGAUGAGGACAUGGAGCUGUUCUAAGAUCAGAGUUUAAACCUCUGUAGUUGACAGGUUGGUUCCUAAUAUGGCCAGUUAAUAACACUAGGGGGCAAUACCACUCAGGUUGAUCUUUGGGGUCCAUGAUUGAUCAACAUCUUCAUACAGAAUGAAUCGACAUAAAACACAUUAACAGCUAGGUGUAUCAAUUAAGCUUCAUCAUAUGUCCCCACAUAGAAUUCCACUAGAGAUGUAGUCAGAAUGAUUGUGACUCAUAAUUCCACCUAAGAGGAGACGGGGGGGACUUGGUGUGCCUAUCCUAUCGUGGCUCAGAGAUAUAUGUAUCUUUUAAGGGGGGGCCUUGAGUUAAUCUGACUUUGGGGUUCCCACUCUACACUGCAAAUCAUCUCAAAGCAGAAUUCUCCAUCUAGAUUCAAAAACUCUGUAUCAAAAUCGCAGGAAUCACCAGGAUGACUUUGAACUCAUGUUUACAGCUCUCAGGUAAACCGGCAACAAUCAUGAGUACAUUGUUUUUCCCCCCUCCUGUGUGUGGUAAGUGCCUGGGGUUAUGAGACCAGCUUCCCUGCUGGCUCACUGUAACGAACUCUCAUGUACUCUCUUCUUGGCUGUGGAAUCCAGUGAACUACUAUCUACCACCCCCACCUGGCUGCUUAGGAAACUGCAGCCUCAGGGACAGCCAGAACAGCCGAUCACAUGAUUUUGAUUGGACCAUAUCUGUCAAAAGCAAUGUUUUUCUCCCCCAGUCCAGAUUUUUUUAAAUUGUAAUUUUAUAUCAAACCACAUUUUUAAGUGUUUUUGUAUUUGGGGCAUAUUUUUCAUGUUAAAUUAAAUUACAAGGAUGAUUCUUUUAAAGGUUUGUUUUAAUUAAUAAAUAAGCCCAUCCUUUUCCA